UUGUGCAACAUACUCCUGCAACGUCACCGCUGUGACCGAAGUGAUGUAAGUUCACCUCCGUAAGUUUCACCAGUGUGAAGAAGAAGUCAGAAAACUGCCGAGGACCACCAGGCCCAGCACCGUUUCAGUAUAAAGCAAUAUCCAGAUGGUUUCCUCUUCUCCUCUGUUUUAGGUAAGACAAUACAGUCAUAGUAGCGAGACAGAUCCUUGAGAGGCCAUCCCAUUCCCACUUGUCAAGGACAGCUGACUACAGAGCAGCGUCAAAAGUAUCUCAUAUGGAAGCAGUGAUCCGUAGGUGCCCUUUCCUGACUUUUGUGCCCAAUGUUUGCCUGCAGCUGACUGGGAAGUCAUCCCUUUUGAGCUAUGCCCAAAGGUGCCCUGUGAUGAUGGACCUGGCCUCCAGACCUCUGUCCAGAGCUCUGUCCUCUUCAUCUUCUGCCUCCAAAGGAACAACAAAUGGUCAGCUGGAAGCUCAGAAGCAUGAAGUCAGGUUACCCCCAGGUCACGUCACUCCACCUGCUUGCCAGGCUGUAGGCUCCAAAUGCCCUUUCCUGGCUGCAGAAAUGGUGCAGAAAAACAACAGGGUAGUAAGAGAGGCCAGCGUGGAGCUGCAAGAGGACGUCCAGGGGAUGCACUUUGUCCACACAGGGAAAACAGAUGUGUCGGUUGUGGAUCUUAUUGAGGCAGACAAGGCCAACACAAAGGCACCAAAAGAACUUUUUAAACCCAUAUCUUCCAAAGCGUCUCACCUGCUAAAGGAUAAUCUGCAUGACGCUGUCACCUUCCAAUAUGACAAGUUUUUUGAAAAGAAGAUUGAAGGCAAGAAGACAGAUCACACAUACAGGGUUUUUAAGACAGUGAACCGGCGUGCCUUCUCGUUCCCCAUGGCAGAUGACUACUCAGCGUCUUUUCACGCUAAAAGAGACGUGUCUGUGUGGUGCAGCAAUGACUAUCUGGGCAUGAGCCGCCACCCCAAAGUCAUCCAGGCUAUCAUGGAGACUUUAAGAAAGCAUGGUGCUGGUGCAGGAGGCACACGAAACAUUUCAGGGACAAGCAAAUUCCACGUGGAACUUGAAUAUGAGCUAGCUGACCUGCACAGCAAGGAUGCUGCACUGCUGUUCACUUCCUGCUUUGUAGCCAAUGACUCCACAUUGUUCACUCUGGCAAAAAUGCUACCAGGUUGUGAAAUCUACUCUGAUGCUGGCAACCAUGCUUCAAUGAUCCAGGGUAUAAGAAACAGUGGAGUCAAAAAGUUUAUCUUCCGUCACAAUGACGUCAACCACCUACAAGAGCUGCUAGAGAAGUCUGACCCUUCCACUCCAAAGAUUGUUGCCUUUGAGACAGUGCAUUCAAUGGAUGGGGCUGUGUGCCCACUAGAAGAGAUGUGCGAUAUUGCCCACAAGUUUGGUGCCAUUACUUUUGUGGAUGAAGUUCAUGCUGUGGGCUUGUAUGGGCCCAGAGGAGGAGGAAUCGGGGACAGAGACAGAGUCAUGCACAAGAUGGACAUCAUCUCUGGUACCCUCGGCAAGGCAUUUGGCUGUGUGGGCGGCUACAUUGCCAGCAGCAGCGCCCUGGUGGAUACAGUGCGCUCCUACGCUGCAGGCUUCAUCUUCACCACUUCCCUGCCCCCCAUGCUGCUGGCAGGGGCGAAGGAGUCAAUCAAGGUCCUGAAAAGUGAGGAAGGCCAGGUGCUCAGGAGAAAACAUCAGAGGAGCGUCAAGCUGCUUCGACAGAUGCUGAUGGACUCAGGCCUUCCUGUGGUCCACUGCCCAAGCCACAUUAUUCCUGUCCGGGUGGCAGAUGCAGAGAAGAAUACAGAGAUCUGUGACAUUAUGAUGUCUCGUUACAACAUCUACGUCCAGGCCAUCAACUAUCCCACUGUGGCUAAAGGAGAUGAGCUCCUGCGCGUCGCCCCCACACCGCACCACACCCCUCAGAUGAUGUACUACUUUGUUGACCGGCUGGUGAAGACGUGGAAGGAGGUGGGUUUGGAGCUGAUGCCGCACUCCUCAGCAGAGUGUGACUUUUGCCAGCAGCCUCUUCACUUUGAGCUGAUGAGCGAAAGGGAGAAGUCCUACUUCACAGGCCUCAGUCACAUGAUAUCAGCAGUAGCCUGAUAUUCCACUAAAAAUUAAAAACACUGAGUCGUAGCAAACCCCACCUCCUAGUAUACAAGCUAUUUGUUGUAUUUAAAUGAAAUAUAUCACUUUUGUGUGUGUGUGUGUGUGUGUGUGUUUGUUUAAAUGUAUUUAUUAUGACUUGGACAUGAACUGAUUUUAUUUAAGUGUGACAAAGGAGUUUUCAUACCAUAAACCCAAACUUUAAAAAAUAAAUGAAGUGCUGAACCAACACUUCUUCUUGUUAUACUGUGAGCAUCAAUUGCCUCAUAAAGAUUAGAAAUCAGCUGAUCAGUCAGCAUUUAGAUGGAAAUCAUUUCAUAAUACUAAACAUUUAUGAAUACAUAUAUUUGUACAUAUGUUUAACCCUUGCAAAUUAACAUUUUCUAACUCCUGUUGGUUGUUAAGAUGCUGUGUCAGAGCUGUGCUCGUAGCAGAAAGCAGCAAAGGCAAAGGUGUUGCUUUCUUGUGGUUUUUUAUUGUAUUAUUGCAUUUUUUUUAUGUUAAUCCUCUUUUCCACUAGUAAUAUGCUCUUUCAUCUUUUGUGUCACAAGGUGGGAUGUCUUACUGAUUUGUUGCUAAUAUGUAUAAUAUGUGUUACGCAAAGAUCUAAUCUGAAUAAUCUAUCUGAGCUUUUUAUGGUAGAAUGAUCUUCAAGUAUGAAGUGACUGAGAUAACAGAUGGGAUGAAAUAUCACACACUCAUCCCAAGCCAUUUAUAUAGUGAACACACAGUAUCUCAGAUCACUAAUAUGGUUGCAACCAUUAGUUUUAUCCUUUUGCGUUUAUUAUGACAUCCAGAAUGAGUCAUUGCUUCCUUCUGUAGAUAUAUUGGGAUACGUGUAAUUUACUCUGAAGAAAAUAAAUAGUAGUGAUUGUAAUAAAUAAUUCCAUCAUAAAUCAUAAAGGGCAUAUUACAUAAAUGCCACAAUAAAGGGGGUAAAAAGGCAGAGAUGUA